AUGAUCUUCAAUGCCAAACAACAUCGCAAAUUGACUACCUAUUUGAGACUGCUCUUUGCCAUGAGCGUCUACGAUAUAGCACAACGUUUGAACUGGAGUGUCGCUGCUUUUCUACGUCCACAAGGCACCAGUAUUCGGAUGCUGAGUGUUGGCAACAAAACGACAUGCAACGCUGUGGGUUUUGUCAACCAAAUCUCUCAGGCUACUAUGAUGUAUCAAGGAAUGCUUGGGUUUUACUUUCUGCUAACGGCACGAUGCGGAGUUGGCAAUCACUGCAUCGCAAGAAAGAUCGAGCCUUGGAUGCAUAUUGUAUCCAUUGGGUAUCCCCUGGUCUUUGGUAUUGCGUUACAGAUCCUAGACGGCUAUGGGGAAGUGACAAAUGGGAUUGGUUGUUGGGUGGUGGCCACGGAGGACUGCGAAACAGAUUUCCUUUGUACUGCCCGCGUCAUUAGCUGGGUUUCUUCCUACGCCAUUCCCCUCAUCCUUGUCUGCAUCAGCCUGAUGGUCAACGCAACACCAUAA